CUAUUGUUUCAAAUUAAACCUAAUCCGAAGAACAAAAGAAUUGCCCUUCACCGCCUUGUUCGAACAUCGAACUUGCAGCGGCGGUGGUUUCUUGCUUGUUCCCUCUCCUCUCUAUUUUUUCUCACCAUUUCCUCUCUUGUCUUUCUCUUUUCCUUCUUCUCUCCUUCUCUUUUUCCUCUUAUUUCUUUUUUCUUCUUUCUUCCUCUCCUCUCCUUAUUCUUGUUUUCUCUUCUAGACUUCCACCACUAAAACCUAGAACCACCGCACCUCUUCCCCACUUUUUUCUUUUUUAUUUUUCCCGUUCUUUCCCGGUAUUCACACACCCCACUUUCGGAUUGCUGUAACAAUCACCAAAGCAAAGAUCGAACCAGGUCUGCAAAUCUGAAUGCGCAUCACAUGGUUUCCGAUGGUUCAUCUGCACAUCUACAAUCGGCGAAUUGAUUCCAUCGUAUUCUGUUAACUCCACCGUUGGGAGCUGAUUCUCAACAGCAUUGAUUCUUAGAAUUAAGGAUACACUGAAGACAGAUAGGUUUCCAAUCAAAUAGAAGUGGCUGUGCUCAAUAAAAGACCAACAAUGUCCAUUGAGGAUACAUUGGAGGAGGAUGGAAUGGGAGAUGUUGAUCAUGAAACAUCUGAAUCUGAGUCAGAAUCUGAACAGGAGGAUGUAAGGUUGACUGAGCCUUCUAAGAAGUCUAUAUACAAUAGGGACGGUCUCCUAGAGAAGCUAAGUGAUAUAAGUUGGCCUGAUAAUGUAGAAUGGAUCCAGAAGCUAUCUAUUGUUGUUGAUCAAGAGAAAGAGGUUGAUGUGAAUGAUGACUUGGCACGUGAGCUCUCUUUCUACACCCAGGCAUUGGAAGGAACUAGGCAGGCCUUUGAGAAAUUGCAAGCAAUGGGGAUCCCUUUUCUCCGGCCUCCUGACUAUUAUGCAGAGAUGGUGAAGACAGAUUCUCACAUGGAGAAGGUAAAGAGCAGGCUCUUGGAGCAGAAGAAAAAGAUUGAGGAGGCUGAAGAGAGAAGAAAAGCUAGAGAAGCCAAGAGGAUAGCUAAAGAAAUUCAGGCACAGAAACUCAAAGAAAGAGCUAAACAGAAGAAAGAAGAAAUUGAGUCUGUGAAGAAGUGGAGGAAGCAGAGACAACAGAGUGGGUUUUCUAUGGGAGGAAAGGAUGGUGAUAUGGGGCUGACCUUUGAAGAUGGGAAAAGCUUUGAGAGGUCAAGUAAGAGGAGGCCUGGGGUAGCUCCUGGUGAUAGGUCUGGAGGGAAGGCUAGACACGGUGGCAACAAAGGGAUGAAAGGUAUGGAUAAAAAGAGGAAGAACAGGGAAUAUAGGGAAACCAAGUUUGGAUUUGGGGGGAGAAAAGGUCUUAAGAAGCAGAAUACUUCAGAUACUACAAAUGACAUGCGAAGUUUCAAUCAAGGCAAUAUGUCUGGAAAUAAGAAAAGAAAGAGGUAAUCAAUCUAUCUUAUUCUUCCAUCUAUAAUCGUGGAACUGCUGUUUGAUUGAGGAAUGCUGCCCAAGAAGUUGUGGAAGAUGUAAUUCCAUAUAAUUAUCACUGCUUUAUUAAAAUGAAUCUUUUGUACCCUGUUGAGCAUUUUGGUAAUUUUUAACUGGUUUGUUUAUUUUGAACAAUUCUUGUAGUUCUCUUCUCUGUUUUAUUGUUUCUUGAAGUCAAGUUGUCUUGCAUUUCA